UUGCACCACCAUUCUUUCACAUAACCAAAAUACACUCAUAAGAAAAACAAUGAGGUCCCUAAUGGCUUCUGCUUCUCUCACUCUUGCAUUAGCCAUACUCUUUUUCAGUUUCCCAUCUGAAAUAUCAGCAAACCAAUAUUCUUAUUCCUCACCACCACCACCGGUCCACUCACCACCGCCACCAAAGGAUCCAUACCAUUACUCAUCUCCUCCACCUCCACCAGUUCACACCUAUCCUCACCCACACCCAGUCUACCACUCUCCACCACCACCGGUUCACACCUACCCUCACCCACACCCAGUCUACCACUCUCCUCCUCCACCAACACCACACAAGAAGCCUUACAAGUACCCAUCUCCUCCACCACCACCAGUGCACACCUACCCCCAUCCUCACCCUGUCUACCAUUCCCCACCACCACCACAUAAGAAACCAUACAAGUACUCAUCUCCCCCACCACCACCAGUGCACACCUACCCUCAUCCUCACCCUGUCUACCACUCCCCACCACCACCAGUGCACACCUACCCUCACCCUCACCCUGUCUACCACUCCCCACCACCACCACCAACACCACACAAGAAGCCAUACAAGUAUCCAUCACCACCACCACCACCAGCUCACACCUACCCUCCUCAUGUUCCUACCCCAGUUUACCAUUCUCCUCCUCCUCCAGUUUACUCCCCACCUCCACCAGCCUAUUACUACAAAUCACCUCCUCCACCUUCAGCAAACCAAUAUUCUUAUUCCUCACCACCACCACCGGUCCACUCACCACCGCCACCAAAGGAUCCAUACCAUUACUCAUCUCCUCCACCUCCACCAGCUCACACCUAUCCUCACCCACACCCAGUCUACCACUCUCCACCACCACCGGUUCACACCUACCCUCACCCACACCCAGUGUACCACUCUCCUCCACCACCAACACCACACAAGAAGCCUUACAAGUACCCAUCUCCUCCACCACCACCAGUGCACACCUACCCUCAUCCUCACCCUGUCUACCAUUCCCCACCACCACCACAUAAGAAACCAUACAAGUACUCAUCUCCCCCACCACCACCAGUGCAUACCUACCCUCAUCCUCACCCAGUCUACCAUUCCCCGCCACCACCACCAACACCACACAAGAAGCCAUACAAGUAUCCAUCACCACCACCACCACCAGCUCACACCUACCCUCCUCAUGUUCCCACCCCAGUUUACCAUUCUCCUCCUCCUCCAGUUUAUUCCCCACCUCCACCAGCCUAUUACUACAAAUCACCUCCUCCACCUUACCACCACAGAUGCUUUAAGAAUUUACCUAUAAAAAGGGGUUGCACCACCAUUCUUUCACAGAACCCAAAUACACUUGUAAGAAAAACAAUGAGGUCCCUAAUGGCCUCUGCUGCUCUCAUUCUUGCAUUAGCCAUGCUCUUUCUCAGUUUCCCAUCUGAAAUUUCAGCAAACCAAUAUUCUUAUUCCUCACCACCACCACCGGUCCACUCACCACCACCACCAAAGGAUCCACACCAUUACUCAUCUCCUCCACCUCCACCGGUUCACACUUACCCUCAUCCACACCCAGUCUACCAUUCUCCACCACCACCGGUUCACACCUACCCUCACCCACACCCAGUCUACCACUCUCCUCCACCACCAACACCACAUAAGAAGCCAUACAAGUACCCAUCUCCCCCACCACCACCAGUGCACACCUACCCUCACCCUCACCCUGUCUAUCACUCCCCACCACCACCACCAACACCACACAAGAAGCCAUACAAGUAUCCAUCACCACCACCACCACCAGCUCACACCUACCCUCCUCAUGUUCCCACCCCAGUUUACCAUUCUCCUCCUCCUCCAGCUUAUUCCCCACCUCCACCAGCCUAUUACUACAAAUCACCUCCUCCACCUUACCACCACUAGAUAGCACAUCAUUGGCAUCAUACUAUAUGGAUCUAAACAGAAAGUGUGAAAGCAAAGAAAGCCAUACACAAAGAAGAUGAGAGGAUUCUUCACAUAUAUAUUUCGUCAGUCUUUGAUUAAUAUUGUUUAGAGGGUUGCUUUUAUUUAUUUAAUUUGUGUUUUUGUUGUAUUAGCCACAGCUGUAAGGCACUGCCUCAGUAUGCAUGAAUUGUAAUUUUCAAAGUUCGGUUUUGUAUCAAGCUGACCGACAAGCCAAAUAAAUAUAUCCCCUAUUUUGCUA